CCUGGCGGCCCGGGGCGGGGAGGCUGGGACGCCCGGGCUCCGGGUUCCCGGUUCCCGCCUGGCCGCCAGGGUGCUGGUGCGGGUUGGGGUCGAUCUGCAAGCCCCAGGUACAGACGUCUCCAAGGCAGGACCCGCCGAGGGUGCAGAACGCCGUGGCUCCCCCCAGGGCUGGCUCCCCGGCUCUGCGGGCAAGCGCGGAGUGGAUCCCAUUCCGUCGCCCAUCCCGGCCGCGGUGGGGACCUCCGGAGAACGAGGAGCUGGGGAGCGGCGACUGCAACGCACUCACGGGAACGACAAGUCAUUUCAGCUUUGGAGCAUCUCAGACUACAGUUGUGGAAGCCGGCUGAAAGCAAUAGAAAGGGGAGGAGCUGGACCAUUUUUCAUUUACUCUCAUUAAAAAGGAAUUUGAAGAGAAGAUAAAAUGGCAGAGUUUUGAGGUUAAUAUUCAGGAUGAAUGAUGAUAAUUCAGAUAGGACAGAAGAUGGAUCGCGUUAUGUAUUUAUCCGAGAUAAAAACUCGAAUCCAUCUGAAUACUACCAAACAUCGCUAUCUGCCCAGUGCCCUUCAGUGAGUCACGGGGAUUGGAACUCUGACAACCCAGAUGCCAUGGUGGUCGAUUAUGAAAUGGAUCCUGCGGUGGACAGUAGUGAAAGUGUAUCUUUAAGCCAUCAGUGUGUUGAAGAACUUGCUUACCCAGAGCCUUCAAGUGAUUUCAUGGGGAAGCAUGAGUUUACAAUGUACAGUGAGCUUACCUGCCAGUCUCCUGCACUUGUGAACACAGGGAAGCCCCAAGACCUGCACAGUAACUGUGACUCCCUAGAGGCAAUCCAGGAUGAGAAGUUUGAUCCCCUUAAGCCCUGUGAGUGCAGGUCUGAUGACGAUUAUGCUUGUGGAGAUUCCCCUGAAGUUUUGGAGCUAAAACAAACAUAUGGCAUGAAAGUGGACACGGCUAACUACACCUUUAUAGCACGCCAUGAUAUUGAACAGGGUCAGCCUUUGCAUGCUCCUGGAGGUUUGCAGACAACAGUGAGAGACAGAAAUGCUUUGUCCUCCUGCGGUCGGACACCACCCCAUUCCUCUAAGAUGUAUGUGAGAGGGGUUAAUUAUAAUCGAGAGAACUUUGAAAACCUCCAAGCCACACCAUCCAAGACCCUAAACACAACCUUUACAGUGAUCUCUGAUGUGCUGAUGCAAACUGACAGUCCAGACGUUGGAGUUCAGGGUCAGAAUUCUUUAGGAAAUGUCACCAAAGAGUACACAGAUGGGACAAGGCGAGGACUCAUUGGAGAAAAAGAGAUACAAGCUGUGACACUGGUUUCGGAUGGCAUGGAGGUCCCCAACGGAUCUGCAUCACAGGAGUUCUAUUGUGUAUCUGAAGAUGACCCAAACAGUGAGACACAUUCACACGGCCCGUAUGCUCAACAGGAAAUGGGCCAAAAUUUAAGAGGAACACUGCCCAACUGUCAUGUCGAUGGUGAAUGCCCAGUACUGGUGCCAGCUUUUGAGAAGAGUAAAACCAGAGUCCUGGGCUCUGAGUGUAAAGUCACUGUGACUGAAGACCCACACAUCGAUUCCCACGACAAUGACUCAGACAUCCAAAGUAGUACUGAAGAGCUGACCCUGAGAAGUGUUUCAGGGCAGAGGGGUUCACCUUAUGAAAUGGGUUGGGGCGAGAACGGCGGAGCCAUUUGCACAGAUAAAGCAGGUUGCAUGUCAACACCAGUUGAGCAACCCCCCAAUCUGAGCUUCAGACUUGAACCUGCUGAAGUGAAGAAGUACAAUAAUGUGGAGAAUGGACCAAGAGAUGCUAAACGUGCACCAAACUUGAAAGGGGAACCAACAAAUAUGCCAAAACCUAAUUUGGGAAAAUCAGCUACCAAAACAAAUACCACUGUAGGCAGUAAAGUCAGGAAGACAGAAAUUAUAAGUUAUCCUACACCAAACUUCAAAAACAUUAAAGCCAAAGUUAUAUCCAGAUCAGUGUUGCAACCCAAAGACACUUCCAUAAUGAAGGACACACCCAGCCCUCAGGUAACAGGGGGCUCUUCACCAUCACCAGGGCCUUCUAAACACUUGACAAUGAUGAACAAAGCACCAAGAUCUGACUUUAAAGCCAGCAAAAAAGCAGAAAUCCCAAUUAACAAGACACACAAGCAACAGUUUAAUAAACUCAUUACCAGCCAGGCUGCGCAAGUUACAACUCAUUCUAAAAAUGCUUCACUCGGGGUUCCAAGAACAACAUCUGCCACGAAAUCGAAUCAGGAGAAUGUUGACAAGACAGGUUCUCCUCAUGCAGGGAGUGAGACCGGGUCUGUAGCUGCCUUCUUCCAGAAGAUCAAAGGCAUUCUCCCCGUGAAAAUGAAAAGCUCAGAGUGUUUGGAAGUGACUUACGUUUCCCACAUCGAUCAGAUUAGCCCUGAAAAGGGUGAGCAGGACGGUGAGGCUCCCAUGGAAAAGCAAGAGCUGGGAAAACAAGCCACGAAUGAGAUUUUUGAAUCCAAGUCUCUAUUGGUGGGCUCUGCACCCAAAACUUCCACCACGCCAGGAAGGAGCAGUUCCAAGCCAGACUCGCGGAGCCUGAGGAAAACACCAGGUCUAAAAGCCAAAGUGGGUCCCACUGCUGCCUGCCUGAGGAGGAAGAGUGAGAGUAGAACCCUAGGCUCCGACAGGGCCUUAUCGCCUCAGAGGAUCAGGCGCGUGUCCGGCUCUGGAAAGCCUCCGUGCUUGAAAACUGCACUCUCUUCUUGGGUGAAUUUGCCUAGACCACUUCCUAUAUCCGAAGCAUCCUUGAUAUGCAGGGCAGGAAGCACCCGGUCAGUGGCCAGCACCCACAGCGACCUGAGCGCCUACAGCAGUGACUGUGGUCAUGCUGCCAUCAACAAAUAUGAAGAGAAACCUCCCAAACAAGCAUUUCAGAAUGGGUCAGGACCCUUGUAUCUGAAGCCUUUGGUACCCAGAGCUCACUCGCACUUGCUCAAAACUUCUCCAAAAGGUCCUUCAAGGAAGAGUCUGUUUACAGCUUUUAAUUCAGUUGAAAAGGGCAGGCAGAAGAAUCCCAGGAGCCUAUGCAUCCAGACCCAGACAGCUCCAGAUGUGCUGUCCUCCGAGAGAACGCUUGAGUUGGCCCAAUACAAGACAAAAUGUGAAAGCCAAAGUGGAUUCAUCCUGCACCUCAGACAGCUUCUUUCCCGUGGUAACACCAAGUUUGAAGCGCUGACCGUUGUGAUCCAGCACCUCCUGUCUGAGCGGGAGGAAGCACUGAAGCAACACAAAACCCUCUCUCAAGAACUUGUCAGCCUCCGGGGAGAGCUAGGACUGGACUUGGGAAAUGGUGUCAUUUCUGUUAACUACUGAAUCAGACAGGCUUGCUCAAGGACCAGUGCUUGCUUAAGGGCCAGCGAAGGCAUUUGGGAAAAGGUUGGUUUGGCCAGCGAAUAGAAGAAGAAAACCUUCAAACAAGUAUAAUGAAGCUGGCUCCAAAGAAAAUUCUUGUAGCUUUCAGCUGGAUUUGUGUUUUGGGCCAGAGUGGAAAAAAGAUAUAAGUUUAUAUAUGUCAAAACCGUUUUCCUAUUUGAGGGAAUAAAAUGUGUCGCACUGUGGUCUCACAGUCUCCAGGUUUGAAUCCUUGGUUUGGGAGCUGGGUGGCUCAGAGCCCAUCAUGUCACAUCUCUUCUGUCCCAGUUUUAUUUUCUCUAAAGUGACAGUGUGCAUGUGUGCCCCAAGGAUGAUCAUGAAGGUCAUAUUAGGUAAAACUUUGCAAAGCGGCCAUACCAGGUGUUAACUGCUAUUCGCCAUACAUACACGAAUGUAUCUGGUAUUAAGUUAAUGUCGUGGUGUGUGUCUGUAAUCCCAGUAACUCCAGAGGUCAAGACAAGAGGAUUGCUACCAGUCCCAGGCCAGCAUAGUGAGUGAAAGGUUAGUCUGACUACAUAGUGAGGGCCUAUGCCAAACACACACACACACACACACACACACACACACACACACACACACACACACAAAUACACACUCACAGAUUCAGUUUUGCAGGCGUGUAGUGAUUGGUGAAAUGCCUUCUUAUGAAAGCAUAAACUAUACCGUGGGAAGGACUAGUCAGUAGAUGGGAUACUAUUAGAGAUCCCUCGGGACAGGGAGACCCGACCUUCGCUGCUAUUGGCAUUUAAUGUAGGUUAGAGGAAUGGGGGAUUUGGUUUGGUCUGGUCUGGUCUGGAACUCAGUCUGUAUACCAGGUUGGCCUCAAACUGGGAGAUCCUUCUACCUCUGCCUCUUGAAUGCUGGAAUUAAAGGUGUGCACUCUCACUGCCCGGAUAGAGAUACAGGCUUUUAUGCAUACACUCCCAGUUAGGAGUUACUUAUUUUUGAGUACACAGUUUUCCCUUUGAUGAUGUGUCUGUGUAUUUUGCUGAAUUAGUGUAGAGUCUGAGGUAAAGUAUAUGAGGUGGUAGGGCCUAACCCCCGAUGCUUUUUAUAGGCGACUUAGAGAUCUGAUCUUCCAUCCAUCACUUGCACCAUCCAAGUGUCCAACUUGUCCCUUGGACUAACCAGGGGCUGUCAGAGUCACUGGUCAGCUGUGAUCUUUACUGUGUCCCUGAAAACUGGGACAAGAGUCUCACCCUUGAAGAACUAUGAAGGGUGAAAGAGACUCAGGCCCAGGAACCCUGCAACUGCAAUCGUCUGUACCUCUGCCCUUCACAAUCUAAUGGCUUCCACCCAUCUUCCCCAUUGGCAGACUUUCUGGAUGCCCUCAUUUCGUCCUCUAAUAGUCUCUUCUUUUUGUCUGGCACACAACCAGCAUGUUUCUCCUAUCUGACCCACAUCCCUUCGUGGAAAGCCCUUUGCUUGGGCGAACCUCUUUGAGAAACCCCUCUGUCUCAUCAGAAUCAAACCACAAGGCUCCCCUACACCAGUGACCCUCCUACCUUGCACUGAUGUAUUUAAUAUAUCCUGUGUUCUUCUGUUAUCUCCAGACUGUAUGGUCUUCACAAUGAGGAGAGUCUCUCCUACUUCCUCUUUGAGGAAAAAAUCGUAAUGAACUCUCCAUUUGCAUAGCGUAGUGGCUUAUGUUUAUUGGCAUUUGAGAGUUUAAACCUUAAAGAUCAGUGUAUAAACAAGAAAUACUCUAUAGUUCUUCUAUUUUGGCAUACUUUUGCAUAGCCCUGUGCCUUUGUUUAUAGAACAUGUAUAACUUUGUACCAUUAUUAUUUCAGGAAAGCCUAUUUUAUAUACAGUAAUAUCUAUUGUACCAUCACAUUUUUGCUUAUUUGAAACAGGGCAGCAAUGUGUAGACUUGGCUGGCUCUAAACUAGAUCUUUGUGCCUUUGUCUGAUCCAUGAUAUUUUUAAAAAUUACAUUUAUUUGCAUGUGUUACCCACAUGUGUGUGCCACAGCAGCUUCGUGGAAGUCAGGGGACAGCUUUCAGGAUUGAGUUCUUCCCUUCCACCCUAUGGGUCCCACCCACGAACUCUGGUUCUUCGGUUUGGUGGAAAGCCUUGGUCCCUCCCUGAGCUAUCAAGCCAGUCCAUUAGUUUUAUAUAAUCAGAUUCCUAUAAUCUCCCCUUGCAUUGAACAUUUCUGUAAUUCCAGAAAACUCCCUUAAGCCUCCCCUCCCUUAGAAGCAAAUAAUGAUCUGGUUUCAGGACCAAGUACCAAUGUUGUCUCUCCUUGAGUUUUGUAUAAAUGAAAGUAUAGUCUGUAGUCUCGUUCACGUCUGGCGUCUUCAGCAGAGGGGCAUACUUCUGGGGUGUUUUCUCAUCAGUCUUUGGAUUCUUUGAACAAGCCCAGUGCUUUUCCAGGGCACCUUGGAGCCUCCACUGAGGACGUUUUUAAUGAUUGUGGAGCAUCUCUAGAAUGCUAUGGCAAUAAGACAGCCCAUAUGAUCAUGACUCAGAGGUGUAGUUUUUUUAAGUCUUUCCUUCCCUCCUGCAGGGGUGUGCCUCCUUAGAGGCCCUGCCUUCUCGGUGAGCCUGCUGAUCCAGUGUGAUGACGCUUUCUCCUGCGUGGCCCUGCGUUUCCAGAGUCCUCUGUGCUAUUCCUCUACUCUGGACUCUCAGAUUUAUUUACUUGUUCAUUCAUUGUUUUCCAGUUUUCCAUUCUGUUGAAAAUAUCUUGUCUUCAGUUGAGUUUCACCCAAAUCUUUCAAACGAGUUAGUUUUACUUUUUCUACCUUUCUGGUUACUGGGUACACAUUAAGACUUUGCACUUGGAGCUAUUUGCUUAUGAGCCUCUUCCUGCCAUUUAGAGCUCAACUACCCUCUGUCAGGUGUGUAGGCCUGGGGCACACGGGUGCAUAGAGAGCAGGAAAAGAAUAGAUUUUGUAGCCUAAGAUGGAGACAAGGAAGGUGAUCUUCUCCCUGUAGUGUGCAAACGUUUGAAGGGUUCUGUGCACAAACAUUUCCUAUGAACUGCCUUAAAAGGUAAUAAUUCUGUCUUUCAGAAUACCGUAUAAUAAUGGUGAUGUGUAACUCUGUUGUGGGUGCUAGGUUUCACCAUGACAGCGGUUCACCAGAGAAUCUUGAAUGUCAGUCUUUGCAAGUAGUUUACUGUUACAUUUCAUGGUCAACAUCCAAAGCAAGCUUUUGAAACUGAGAAAGCCGUUGUGGUUCUUUCUGCAGUCAGGUUGAAAUAAAAGUGUUGUAUGGAGGCCUCUUACUGUAAUCUUUGAGACUUCUGUUGUCCUUAAAAUUACACUUCUAUAUAAAGAGAAAGAUUUGGUUGUUGUGGUGUUGGGGAUCAAACCCAAGGCAUUGUACAUAUUGUACGUGGUAGACAAAUCCUCUACAUUGAGCCAUACCUCUAGCCCCAAGGAAAUAAAUGUGAACCCAGCAACCAUGGGAAGGAUAGAAAAAGUAACAUUAACUUGUUUGAAAGUUGGGUAACACUCAGAUAAGAUAUUGUGUGUGUGUGUGUGUGUGUGUGUGUGUGUGUGUGUGUGUAUGUGUUCUCAAGAAGGUAGAGCUAACUCACACAGCUUUUUAUUAAGGAGCCCCAGUUGUUUAUUUCAUUGAACCAAAUGAGAUUUUUAUCCCUUGAUACACUAAACAUUGUUAAAAAUCUUUAGGAUAAAUAUGUAAAAGCUUUAUUACUUUCCCCUCCGUAUAUAGAAAUUCAUAGGUUUUGGGGACAUUCUCUGGGUUCUGUUCAUUCCUAAACAGAGCAAUAUUCAGGUAUACUGUAGUUUAUAUUGUAUAAAAGAGAAGAAAUUGAGACUCAAGGCCUAGUGUGAUUUCCUGCUGCUAACCUGCUCAGGAGCCAAAGUGUUUGGAUAAGAAGCCAAAGCAGCCAGGAUACCACAUUUGUCAGCCCGGAAAGAAAGUGCUUGGUGUAACUUUGUAAACCAGUGCAAAAUCAUUUGACUCCACUGUAAGCAUGCAUUGACCACUAACAGCUUGUUGGGACCCUUCUCCAAUUGAAGCAGGGAAGACAACUUAUACUAUUGCUAAGUCUGAAUAUCUUCUUAACUACUUAAAAAUCAAGUUGUCAACAGCAGAAUAUGAGCCACCUCAUCAGCGCUUACCCAGUGAACCCUACGUAGACUGGCUCACAUCUUGUGAAACGUGUGAAUGUGUGCACCACCCAGCUCUGGUGUAACAAGCCUGUGUCUAAAGAUAUUUAGACAUUCUGUAUAACUAAUUUCAAGCCUGCCUGCCUGCCUCCCUCCCUCCCUCUCUCCUUCCCUCCCUCCCUCCCUGUCUCCCUCCCUUCCUCCCUCCCUCUCUCCCUCCCUCCCUUCCUAUAGAAUCUAAUGAGAUAGCAUAAGGAAACCCUACCUAGAGCUCUUUAACUAGGUGAGAUGUUUGAAGGGCUAGUUGAUAGCUACCUCAGACUUGGGCCAUUCUCUUGUUAUCUGUGUCUUUCCUAAAUUUGGACUUUGGCUGGCUCCACUGAUAUCCAAAAGCCCAUGCUCUUUUGCCCACAGAUAAGCAAAAUACUGCCAACAGCACCCUGCUAUGAGAGCCCAUGAGAUUUCUUUCUUGUCCUGGUCUCUUGCUAACUCUAAAUUUCCAAAUGUUCCUCACCCCAGGUCACUUGUCCAGAACACAGAUUCACAAACGUCACGGUGAGAUGAGACAGAUUUCCUGUUCUCACACCCACCAAUUCCAACUCAUUCAAGUUUGGGAUGGAGUCCAGAAAUCUAAUAUCAUCCAGGUGAUUUGGACACCAGAGCACCUGAGACUACACCCAGACACCGCACUAUCUAGAGUGUUCCUUAUGUGUGAAAAAGUGUGUGUGUCUAUUAGCACACUAACGAUAAAUAGCUCCAAGAGUCCAUUCCUAUAUGUCGAAAGUCUAUGCACUUCUGAGGUCUUGUACGAGCACUUUUUGAUUCUUCUGCCCUAAAAGCAACUGAUCUGGAUGGAAGGCGGCAUGACGGAAUAGUUAAUACCUGACUGGGGUUCACUGUAUUGUUUUGAUUGAAGAAACCUGGUACUUUACACAGGGACUCGUAUUUCUCAGGCUUGAGUCUUAGAACACACCGACAGUUAUUGAGCCACACUUCUGUCUCUGACCCACCUUCAUUGCUAGAUUUUUCCCCCCCACGUAUGUGUGGAGUGUGCACUGUGAGCAGCUUUCUGCAGCCUGACACAGGCUAGGGCAUAAGAUGGAAACCGCACCCUGGAAGCCCAGCUGGCCACCUCUGUCUGGAAGGUGGAAGACAGGCCAAUGGGGCCAGAUUACAAACUACCUGAUCAACACAGGAAAGAGAGAGGAACCGGGGAAGCAUUGUUCUCCACUUAUCUUUCAGUCUCUGCGGCUCCAGAGGAGACAUGAGCUAGAGCAUUCUUUGGUGCACACUGGCCACCUGAACUGACUCCGCCCUUUGGAUCCUGAAUCACGGAAGUAGCCAGUGAGAUCCAGUACCGAGUUCCACGCCUGGAACACGGGGCCUUCAAGGGUCAUGAUUGAUUCAGGUCUGCCCUCCCAGUUCCAUUUGGUUAAAUGAGACUUAGGGUGGCUGGCACCUACUUGUCAGCUCAGAGCCCUGCAUGAAAAUCUGAACCCAAGAGCCUCUCGCAAGGUCUGCAGCCAGUGUGACAGGUAGCGUGGUAUUGUUUAUGGUAAAGUGGAUUCAAUGGUACCGACGGUUUUGUACAAAGUCGGUUCCCCAAAGGUUUACAAUUGGUGGGAGAUUUUGAAAUUGUUCAUAUAGACUGACUCAAGGGCGUCGUGCAUAAGAACAAAGUCACUAACUGCUGAUUUUUGAAAUUUAGAGGAGACCCUUGUCUACCACGUGUCUCCCAGGUUACUUGGCUCUGAAAGGUUACCUUUAAAGAAACAAACUCUGAAGGUCGUGAUGCUAGGCGACCACCUUCCUGCAUGCUGCCUCCGCCCUUUGGCACUCUCAAGGCCCCUCCUGCCCCGUCUUUCUGUACCGUCUAUAACAACUCCAAAUUUGCCGUUAUCUGUCAUCCCUAACUGAGAGGCCAGCAGAACACAGAGCUGUUUCCUCACUCUGCAAAUCAGGACUUAGAGGUCCAGAAAGUCAGAAAUGCCUUUUGGUCAGACAGUCUGGGCCCUACCUUUCUGGGUUAGUUUUCUCAUGGACACCUUUGAUCUUUUAAAAAAACAGAUUAGAUUUUACCUGAAAGUGUAUCAUGAUAAGAUCUUGUGGAGUAAUGUUAUAGAGUAAUCAUGGGGGAAGGGCCCUGUCCUAUGGUAUGGUUCUGGAGCUGGGGACCAGGAGAAGUGAGAGAAA